AUGUCAUUCAAAAUUUUCUCAAUGGUCCAGGAAGAACCCGGCCCCCCUCCCGACGGCGGCGUUCGGGCCUGGCUUCAGAUCCUCGCAGGUCAUCUCAUCAAUGCGCUGACAUGGGGAUACUCUGCUUCAUUUGGCAUCUAUCAACUUCAUUAUACGACAACGUUAUCGUUGCCAGAGUCGCAAAUCGCCUGGAUUGGCUCCCUACAAGUCUUUUUUACGUUCUUCAUAGGAACAGUCUCCGGCCGCUCUGCCGAUGCGGGCUACGCUCAGCACACAGCCCUACUGGGCUCUGUGUUGAUCGUGCUCGGAACCUUCAUGACAAGCCUGGCGACCAAGUACUGGCAGAUACUCCUCGCGCAAGGCCUUUGUACCGGCCUCGGCAUGGGCGCUUUAUAUAUGCCGGCCGUGGUUGUAAUCGGCUCGUACUGGAAGGAAAGGAAAGCAAUGGCCUUAGGGUUGGCUGCUUCUGGGAGCGGCACCGGCAGCAUACUGUUUCCUUUGGUCGUCCAACACCUUCAGCCGAUCAUUGGGUUCCCUCGCGCAGUCCAGGUGCAAGGCUAUAUCGCUCUGGCGUUCGCAAUUGUCAUCAACCUUCUCCUUCGGCCACGUCUUCCACCGCGCAAGGCGGGUCCACUCGUUGAAUGGAAGGCAUUCUUGGAGCCUACGUACGUUCUCUUCGCAAUCGGCGUGUUUCUGAUAUUCUGGGCGGUGUACUUCUGCUUUUUCUUCAUAAACACAUAUGCGACCUCGACUGUUGGCCUGUCUCCGGAGGAAGCUGUGAACCUGCUCGUGGUCAUCAACGCCGUCGGCAUACCAGUACGACCACUGCUCGGAUUAAUUGCCGAUAGAUACUUUGGCGCACUGCCUACUUUGAUUGUUUCAACGACAUUCCUCGCUAUCAUGUUGUUCGCCUGGAUUCCCAUUCGCAGCGUGAGUAGUCUGUACGUGUUUUCCGUAUUCUACGGACUCGCUACGGGCGCAACUCAAGGAAUGUUCGUUGGCGGACUCGCAUCAUUGACCACGGACUCAAGCAAGCUAGGCGUUCGUUUCGGAAUGGUAUGUUCUAUACUAGCAUUUGCAUCGUUGGCAGGACCGCCAACGGCAGGUGCUUUGAUCCAAAGCGACAAUGGAGGCUUCCUCAAGGCACAGAUAUGGGCGGGUACGGUGACGAUUUCUGCUGCUCUCUUCAUAUGCGCGGCCAAUUGGACCCAGGUAAAGAUUAACCGUCCAGCUCAAGAGCUAAGUAGCGGUAAACUAGAGGGAGAGGAACAAAAUCCUAGCAGUUCGGAAGCUGUCCAAGUAGAAGACAACAGGCGCAUAAAGGCGUAA